AGGAAGUUAAACAAAAAAAAGAAAAAUAUUAGAAAUUCCAUACACAAAAGUAUUAGGACACCCCUCCAAAUCAUUGGAUUCAGGUGUUCCAAUCACCUUCAUGGCCACAGGUGUAUAAAAUCAAGCACCUAGGCAUGCAGACUGCUUCUACAAACAUUUGUGAAAGAAUGGGUCGCUCUCAGGAGCUCAAUGAAUUCAAGCGUGUUAGCGUGAUAGGUUGCCACCUGUGCAAUAAGUCCAUCCGUGAAAUUUCCUCGCUACUAAAUAUUCCACGGUCAACUGGUAUUGGUAUUAUAACAAAGUGGAAGCAACUGGGAACAACAGCAACUCAGCCAUGAAGUGGUAGGCCACGUAAAAUGACAGCAGGGUCAGUGUAUGCUGAAGCGCACAGUGGGCAGAAGUCACCGUCUGCAGAGUCAAUAGCUAAAGACCUCCAAACUUCACGUAGCUUUCAUAUUAGCACAACAGCGCAUAGAGAGCUUCACGGAAUGGGUUUCCAUGGCCGAACAGCUGCAUCCAAGCCUUACAUCGCCAACUGUAAUGCAAAGCGUCAGACGCAGUGGUGUAAACUAUGCCUCCACUGGACUCUAGAGCAGUGCAGACGCGUUUUCUGGAGUGACAAAUCACGCUUCUCUGUCUGGCAAUCCAAUGGACGUGUCUGGUUUAGGCAGUUGCCAGAAUGGUACUUGCCUGACUGCAUUGUGCCAAGUGUAAAA